UAUAAAGUCUAUCAGCUCGCCUCGAUAGGUUAUCAGUUGUUUGCGUUCCAUUCAAUCAGCAAUACAGCCGCCUCCAACAUGUUUGUCAAAGUGAUAAUUUUGGCUUGCCUGGCAAUUUGUACUGUCACCGCAGAGCCCAACCUAGAUCAGUUCCAGCUGGCUUACGGAGCUCACUUACUGGGAGGAAUCAAUCCGGAACUGUACGCCAGUGCGAAAGCCCUUACACCGCUCCAGUAUGCCUCCGGUUUCCCGCUGGUUUAUGCGGCUCAAAUGCUUGCCGGCCCCGUGCAUAAAACCGUCAAACCGUCAAUUGUCAGUGCACCCCUACAGUAUGCAGCCACCCUUCCGGUAAGCUAUGGCGCUCCGACUGCUUUUGCCUAUAGCAGUCCCUAUCCGUCUCUGACUUACGGAGCGCCCUCUCCGCUAACCUACGCUGGGCCGUCAUUUCACAACCAACCAUACGCUUCGUACGCAGCCGCUCCUGCUCACACCACACUGGCAUACGGCGGCAGCAGCAGCGGGCUCGGCAGUGGCCCCAUCACCUUCGGAUCAUCAUCAGUUGCUCCAGCAGCCGCCCUCAAUUACGCCGCUUUUGCAGCCAACGCUCAAGCUCUCGGAGGUUCUCCCUACGCCGCCCAAGUCCUGGACGCCGCUAUGGGCCGAUCCGCCGCCGACCUCUACACUCGCGGAGUACCGUUUGCAAUUCCCACAAGCCAAGCAAUGGCGGCCACCAGUAACGGCGCUGCAGCCGCUGCGAACGCGGAAACUGCACGACAAAUCGCCCUACAACAAAUUGCUCCGGGUUAUAAUACGGCGGCGUCCCUGGGCGAAACACGUGCGCAAGCUCGGGCAGAUCGUCACUAGAAUCCGCUGGCUGGAAAAGUAUCUAACCCAGCGCAAACGGAACCUGUAGAGAGAGAGAGAGGGGGAGAGAAGACGGGGGAACAUUAGUUGCGCGCUUACAAGACUGGACGCGGAUCCCGAGUCGAGAUAUCAGAGGUAACGCAAGGAUCGUGUCAUAAUUUAUUAUUAUGGAGAAAUAAUCGAUAGGUAGCUUUGUUUCAAUUUACACUAGU